UCAGAGACUUGUGUUAAUAUUGUGAUUACAGGCGACACGAAGGGUCUUCUAGUAAAAUGUGACAAAAGGAAACCCAUUUCACCAUGAGCAGAUUUUUAUGGACUGCGAUAGCUUUGGUUUUUCUAUUACAAGCUGUUAAGGCUGAAACGGAAGAUGAAGAAGAACGGUUUAAACGUCAGAUAAAUUCAUUGCCAUUAAUAUAUCCAUUUGGAGCAACAUAUAAGCUCAUCAUUGGUUUCUCAGCUCCGAUACAAACAAAAGAAAAGUACAUGAGCGUUGCAUUCGUAGUAAACUUUCAGUACAUAUACUCGCAAUUUUCUAACAUAACUCAGCUGUCGCGGUAUUAUUUCAUAAAAGAAGUGUCUAGGGAGCAAAGAGAUGCUGAACUAGCAGCGAGAAAGGACGAGAGACUCGUUUUCUACAAAGCUGUUGCUGAUAUGUUGGAAAUGAAAGGUAUGAACGGCGAAGACUGCGUACUUCGUGCUAUCUGUGAGUCUGCGCAGUAUCCUGUAGAAGAUCAGGGUCUAGUUGGGGAGGUACUGCAUAUACUGAUGACACCAGACUACGGUAGGUCACCGUUUGAAGAUGAAGACCAAGAUUGGGCGAUGGAUAUGUCUACGUACACAGAUGCUGCAACAGCUGGCAGAGAGAUGUUCAACUGUGCUUCCAUAUACAGCAAGUGUCCUCAAGAACAGGGCUUGCUGGAUCUCAUAUCGUUUUUGAAAGACGAGUGAAUUCAUUUUAAUAUAACUCCUCAAAAAAAUUAUGAUUAAUUUGGAAAUAUAAACCUGUAUAAUUAUUCUGCUUUAAAAGAUUUAUAAAAAUAUUUGUUCUUAUGAACGUAAAUAUAAUAUAUAUUUAUGAAAAGUGCUUAACAAGUUCAUGACUUAUGAUUCACCUGUUCCGUGAAUACUUAAUGAAUAAUUUAAAAGGAAAAUAGAACUCGUUAAUUUUGAUACUGACAUAUAUUUUAAUAAUAACGCAUUGAUUGAUUUUAAAAUUUGUUCAUUAAAAUCCUGAAAUAUUUUUCUUAUCAUUUAGACCGUCCAAUGACUAGUAUUACAUUUAAUUAUUUUUCCACUUUACUACUUUUAUCUGUUAUUUAUACAGCCACGAACAGUAUAAUAAUAAUAUAAUUAAAUACUUUUUUGAGUCUUUGAAAUAGUCUAUACUCUAAGCCAAUAGGGCCAAUAAGCCAUAGGGCUUGUCGGCUCUAUGUCGCAAAAAUGCUGCUAAGUAUAUUUUGUACCUUUCAAUUUUCCCGCGUUGGCUGUAUGGGUGCACCUUUAACAUUUCUUGAAGAAAAAAUUUAUCCACUAAUUAGAGAUAUGUAUGUAUAUAAUACAUUUCACGCUCAUUUAAGCGGUAGUUCGAAAACUUGUGAUAUUUGUUUGUUUAAUUUUUGUUUUAUUUAAAAUAACCUAGUCGUAGAAAAAAUAUUGUAUGCCACACUUUUUAUACGCUUUAUAUUAGCUUCACCUGUAUGUUUGUAUGUUUGUAACCGACUUCUUUGGGCGCGAUUUUGACCCACUUUAAACGGCAUGAUUUCGUUCAAACUUUGUAGAUUUAUCGAGGACCGAUGACAUUACACUAAUUUGACUAAAAAAUUAAAAAUAAAUAAUAGAAAAAAAAACUAAAAAGCACGCUUUAUAUAAAAUUCAACUAAAAAAUAGAAAAUAAAUUUAAAUUGAAAAUAGUGUA